AUGAUGUCUUUAACCACUUUCAACGCAGCUCAAAGUGAUGACUUAACCUGUAAUUUCCUUGGACAAGAUGUAAGCGUAGCAGCUGAAGACAUCUCAAGUCGGAAAGCAAGGGAUCCUACCGACUAUGUAGCUGCAUGGAUCAUAAAAAACUUUCCAAACGUGACCGAAGCAGAACUCAAGUCUCAAUUCGAGUGCAACGAAUUGCCUUUGAUAACAAAGACUACUCCAAAUCAAACACCAUGGCGAUGCGAGGAGUGUAACUCCUUUGACGCUGUUUUUAACUGUGACGACUGCAAUCUCUCCCUGUGUUUCAGGUGCACAGACGCCAUUCACAUUAUUCCCUCACUUUCAACUCACACAGUUCGCUUCUAUCGACCAAGCAGCAAGACUGAUCAAAAAUGUCAGACUGAAGCGGCUAUAGUGUCAUCUAAAACUGAGAAUAUCCCGCUUUGUACUCUACUGUCCUAUCAAACAAACUCACGACAAUUGAUUCCAACUGGAACGCAUGUCUUCUUUCGAGCGCCAGAAUGUUCGCGCUGGUCACGCGAGCUGCUUCAUGGCACGUUGGCAAGCCGAGAGUCUUCUACAAUUUCACAAGAUGGCACCUUCUAUCACCGUGUGCUGUUUAUGCGAGGGGUGGAAACACUACCAAAUGGCUCUUUUCGAGCAGUCCUGACACUUUCUGAUUGGGAUGUGAAAGACGUUGACACUGAGAUGUAUUGGCCGCUUGAACUUGGAAAUUUUCUAUCACAACUAAGCGCAUUGCGAGCAGCUGUGACGGCUGAACAGAUUGCACGUGGUAAAUAUCGAAGCGAGCGAGAAGGAAGACGCAUGAAUCGCUAUCAACGAUUCAAGAAUGGCGACGGCGCUAGAAAUGAUCUAGCAAACGUAAUGACAUUCCCGUCUUCUAGAACUUUGAGUGAAAUUGUGAAUGAAACAGUAGCAGCACUAAGUGACGUGCACUUUACUCGUCAGGAUGACGCAAAAUUCUAUCAUGACUUGAGUCAAGGCACAUGGGACUUUCAUACGUGGAUGGAAACGAUUGGUUGCACGAAUUCAUUACGUGAAGAAGAUGCCAAGUCGCUUGAGACUGGUGAACGUUGUGAUUUGCAGGUUACAAGACGUAAUUCAACCCAAGAAGCCGUACUCAUGCCAUGGGCUCCAAUGACUCGCAUCCGCUACUUUAUGAUUGCUCAACAUGACUUGAUUUUUCCGGAGUGUGUAAGUCGACAGCAUCUUCAAGCGAUUGUGAAACAAAUGCUGUUUGUCUAUACAGGAUUUGCAUGGCAACUUUGGCGUAACCACGUGGCGCUUCAUCGCGCACGACAAGAGAUGCAGCUUCGAGAUCAAGCAUCUCGUAUUUUGCAAGCUUGGACUCGACGACUGGCUGAAAGGAUACGAGAAAAGGAGCGCCAGAUUACCCGAAAUAUGGCAAUCCCGUCUGCAAUCGAUGCUUUGGAACUCUAUCGACUUCGACAACUCAAAGCAGAAAAACUCUGUGCUAUUUUCAUCUGGCACAUCGAUGAACGAAAGCGUCGAGCUUUACAACAGUGGCGACAGGUAUCAGGACGUUGUAAUUGUCUGCCUGUACCAGCGACAACGUGGCAUCCAAGUCACGGCAUGAAGAAUAUGUUGCCGAGAUUACCGCGGAUGGGAGCUCGACGACGAACAGCUCAAGACAAGACCAUGACAGUGGAAAACCAUGUAGUGAUUGAAGAUAUGGCAGCGUAUAAAUUAUUUAAAGCAAACCAUGCGGGUCCAGCUGAUACGUCAUACUGGGUCAUUCGAUCUCGCGUACUCGCAGGAAGUUGUCCCAUUGGGCCAGCCUUUCAAGAAGCACGACGACUGGUCUCACGUACAGACUUUGCAACUACGGUUCUCCUACAUCAGAUCAGUGUCUUCGUAAGUUUGAUGACACCAAAUGAAGCCACACGUAUGAAGAAAGAGAAUAUAGGCGUAAAUUAUGAGCGUCAAGUUCGCACCAGGUACGAAGCUCUUUGCAAAGAUCUCAAAAGCGCGAAAAAGGUGAGCAAACGCCAUGUUACGUUGGCAAAGCAAGCCUUGGCCAAGUUUGAUGCUGUAGCUUCUAGCGUUGCAACACAAGACAAAACAAGCAAAGGCUAUGAAGCGGAAACAGUACUAGUUACACUGGAGCAAAGAGCAGAGGAAGCAGAAGACUUGAUAAUGGCGCGGGAAGCAUUAGUACAGAAGCUUCAACUUGCUGAGCAACAGGCUACCAAGACGUCACAAGAGUUGAAGUCUUUAGGUUUGAUGCAGCUUGAGUUCUUGUCGUUCCCGAUUGACCAUGAUGGAGUCCCAGACAUCGAUAUAUUCAUGACGUUUUUUAUAAAUCAAGUCGAGUCGAGGCUACGUGCCGGCAAGAAUUUGUACAUCUUUAGCCAACACGGUCACGGUCGAACUGGACUCGUGUCAGCGUUGCUGCUUGGUCGGAUCUAUGGCAUCACGGCAUCUGAAGCGCUCAACCGAGCUCAAGCCGUCCAUGAUUGUAGACGUCCGGUCGCACCUCCAGGUUUGAGUCUAUGCUCUCCGUCUACACCAAUACAACAGUUCUUCGUACGGCGAGCAUUAGCAUAUUAUAUGGAUCCAAUCUACGCUCAACUAGUGCUCGAAAACACAAGCGGAGGUUUUCGUAGCACGCGUGUGCAGCAGCGUGGUCUGUUAGCCGAAACAUACAUGAACGACGACGGAUUUAUGAUCAGCGCCAUUGCUGACGAUUCAGCCCGGGAACGCGAAUUACUUGACCUGAAACGUCUUGAACGAAUUGCUGUGAGUGAAGCUGCCGAAUUUCAACGUGAACUACGAAAACAGAGACAUGAGCGCGAAUGUAAAGAGGCUGAAGUAAGAGAUCAAAUAGCUUUUGAAGUCAUGCAGGAUAUCUACGACUGGAUAGAGAGCGUGGAAGGUUUUAAAGUUAAUAUUUAA